AUGACUCCAUGGGUCGGUUAUCUGACUUCACGGCUGGACAAAGGCACAGCAAGGAUACCAUCUAGCUGUAAGUUUGAGAGGGGUGGCUCAGCAAGUGCUUGUUCAUGCUGCAAGUGGCGCGAGAGCAAGUUACAAGGAGUUAGUGACCGCGUUGCGCCAGAGAUUGGAGGAAUUAUACAAAUCUGCUUGAUGGCCCAGCAGUCACUCACCAAUGCUGUCGCUGUAAUAGGCGCCGUUUUCGUGACCAAGAAGCUGAGGACAACAGGAAACAUGUUCAUCGCCAAUUUAGCCUUAGCCGAUCUGUGUGUGACAACAGUGGUUGAUCCCUUCAGCAUAGUUGGUGUGAUUGCCGGUCCGCAAUUUUUUCACGACAAACAUGUACUUUGUCAUCUGGUGGCGUCCGUAUGCUUGACAAGCUGCGUGUGCUCCAUGUGGAAUAUCGGGGCUAUCGCUGUCAACAGAUGCAUCUUCAUCUGUCACCACCAGGUGUACAGACGCAUCUACUCGUGGAAGAAGACGAUCUUCAUUUGUUUCCUGCUCUGGGUCUGGUGCGCCGUCAUGGAAAUGCCUAACUUUUUCGGAUGGGGAGGUCAUACCUUUGACACUAAGACGAUGGCGUGUAGUUACAACAGGUUGGCUGAUUACUCUUACACUCUAUUCUUCUGCUUCUUCGCCAUCGGCCUGCCCCUCUUGGUGGUCUUCAUCAGCUACCUACGUAUAUUCCUCUACGUUCGCGAUACAAAGCUUCAGCUGGAGAAGGUAGUUAUGAAAGGCGCUUCAGGAGAUAACGGGCAGGUAGUGAAAGGAAGUCAUCUCGAUCAAAUGAUGAAGGGUCGCAAGAAAGAGGAGCUAGCGCUUGUGAAAACUCUGUUCAUGGUCUUCGUGAUAUUUUUGGUCUGCUGGUUGCCGUACGCCGUGGUGGUCUUGCUGGACUUCGCCGACAACUGGAGCAAGGUCGUUUACGUCGUUGUCAUUCAGAUGGGGCACACAAACAGUUCUCUUAACAGCAUACUCUACGCAGCGUCCAACAAGCGGUUUCGCCACGGCUACCUCAAGUUCAUCUGUCUCUUGUGCUGGCCUUGUCGUAGAACAAAAUCCCUGGUGUCCGGCGAUAGCAUUCAGCACAGCUCAUCUUCCUUAAACAAUCUGGUCACAUCAAAGAACUCAUCUCAAGGCUCGAACGCCAACAACUUGGACAAGUUUUAA